AUGAAGAAAGUGAUUAUAAUCCUAACCCUUAUAAUAAAAUCUAGAUGCCAAGAAUACGAGGACGUGAGUGUGCUGGCCAAUUACGAUGAAGAAUUCGGGUCUCUAAAAGAUGACGUUCACUUUGAGCAGGGUCAAGGGCAAAAGCCGCCAAACCAAGACAGCAUGCGUGGCCUUAGUGCUGGCAGUGGUCUAAGAAGCAUCGCUGAAGGUUCAUCGAAUGCAGCAAGCGACGCAGUCAAUAAUCAAGACGCUGCUGGUUUCCAAGCCGCCUACGUUGCUAAGAACACUCUCGCACAAUCGGCUGCUGGUGCAUCUGCAACAGCCCAGGCGGCUUUGGCGGGCAAGCAAAUUCUGCUGCAAGGACUCGAGCAACAAUUCCGUGAUGCGCAGCAGGCCCUGAUGGGGGAAAGAGCGCAACUGAUGCAAGCGCAACGUUCUGCCGAUUCUUCUCUGCGUGCUGCGCAAGAGGCGCGUGCGCACGUCAACGUACUGACCAACACGCUGAACGCAGCCCAGGCUGCGGCCGAUCACGUGACCCAGGCAGCUUCAGAGGCAGCUGGAGAGUUGGCUGCGCAGCAGUCCAUGGUAGGUUCCGCCAUGCAGAGGCUUGAAGCUUUGGGUAAACAAUUGGCCGGCGUUCGGAUUGAUUUCGAAGCUACGAGGGCUGCAGCUAUGAGGGCUCAGAAUGCCGCACAGGCGGCAGCGGCCAACGCGGCCGCUGCUGCAGCUACGGCGGCAGCUGAGUUGGGUAGGGCUGCGAAGGCUACACCUCCUCCCCCACCGCCUCCUCCACCGCCAGCUGCAAAACCCUCUAAGGUUCCAGCUGCUGCGCCUGGUAAAGGUGUGGCAGCUACAGGAGGUGCUGCAAUAAGCAUUGGUUCUGCUUUAGUGAGCACUUUAAAGGACAUCCUAGGUUAUUUCGGCUUACCAACUACCUGA